AUGAAGGCAGGUUGCUUUAUUUUCAGCGUGGUGACAAAGUUCUACCAACACGUCUUGGCCUUAGUGUUUGCCAUUAAUGAGAUCAAUGAGAAUCAACAGAUCUUGCCAAAUGUUACUCUUGGAUUCCACAUCUAUGACAGCUACUCUGAAUCAAAGAUGACCUAUCAAAGUUGCCUGGAUCUGCUCUUCAAAUUCCAUACGAUUGUCCCCAAUUACAUAUGUCAAACUAAAAGAAAAGUUGUAGGGAUCAUUGGAGGAUUGAGUUCUGAUACAUCUUCAUGCAUGGCAGAUAUUUUUCACCUUUAUAAAAUUCCGCAGAUUUCUUAUGGGUCAUUUGAAUCUAAAGUCACUACCGAAUCACAUUUCCCUUCCUUCUAUCGUAUGGUGCCAAAUGAAGUCCUUCAGUAUGAGGGUUUAAUCCAGCUCCUUCUACAUUUCAGGUGGAAAUGGGUAGGACUCAUCACCAUAGACGAUGAAGCUGGAGAACAUUUCUCAAGGUCUCUGGAGCAAAAGCUUUUGCAGAAUAAAAUCUGUUUAGAGUUUGCCGAGAGACUUGACAAAAUUAUGCAUUUUGGUGACUUUCUCCAAAUGGUGGACCAAAUAGUGAGACAUAUUCACAUAUUUACAGAGAAAAAAGCCAAUGCAGUCAUUGUAUAUGGGGAAACUAUAGCCUUUAUAUGGGUAGCAUCUAUUGCAGUAGCCACAAGUCUCUUUCCAACCGAUUCCGAACAUAAAGAGAAAAUCUCUACAGGAAAAUUAUGGAUCACAACUGCGCAGAUAGAUUUCACAUUGCAUACUGUGCACAAAGGACUUAAUAUCCAGAUGUUCCAUGGGGCUCUUUCCUUUGCAAUUCACUCCAAACAGAUUUUGGGCUUCCAGAAAUUUCUUCAAAAGAUCAAGCUUGCUAAUGCAAAGGGAAACGGCUUUAUCAAACAUUUCUGGGAGCAAGCUUUUGACUGCUAUGAUCCUAAUUCUGACCAAGCGAGAAACAUCGAUGAGGCAUGCACUGGGGAUGAGAGGCUGGAAGAUCUCUCUGCAUUUUAUUUUGAAAUGAGCAUGACUGGCCACAGCUACAGCAUUUACAAUGCAGUUCAUGCUUUGGCACAUUCUUUACAUGCUGCUCAUACAUCUAGUUUGAAGCACAGAGUUAGGCGGGAAGAAGCCAAGGAGUCAUUCCAGAAUAUAUACCCCUGGAAGCUACAUUCAUUUCUGCAGAGGAUUUCAUUCAACAACAGUGCUAGAGAUGAAAUUACAUUCAAUCAACAGGGUGAAUUAGUAGCUGGAUUUGACAUUAUGAACUUGGUCACAUUCCCAAAUAAAUCUUAUGUAAAAGUCCAAGUUGGGGAGCUAGACGCCCCAUGGAAAACCUUCAUGAUUAAGAAGGACCAAAUCCAGUGGAACCAAAAAUUCACUCAGGUGCCACCUCUUUCCUUAUGCAAUGACCCUUGUCCACCUGGAUACCGAAAGACAAAGAAGGAAGGGAAAAAAUUUUGCUGCUAUGAUUGUGCUCCAUGUUCAGAAAGAAUGAUCUCAAGUGAGAUGGACACGGAAAAUUGUAAGGGUUGCUCCAAGGAUCUUUUUCCAAAUGAAGCUCGGGUACAAUGUAUUCCUAAGAAACUGAACUUUCUGACUUUUGAAGAAUCCUUGGGCAUUACUUUCGCUGCUUUGAGUCUUUUUUUCUCUCUUACUACAGGUCUUGUCCUUGCGAUCUUCAUUAAGCAAAGGGAUAGUCCUAUUGUCAAAGCCAACAAUCGUAACCUCACCUAUGUUCUCCUUAUCUCUCUCCUCCUUUGUUUCCUUUGUUCAAUUCUGUUCAUUGGAGAGCCAAAUAAGUCGACCUGCGUCCUCCGCCAAAUGACAUUUGGCAUCAUCUUCACUGUUGCUAUUUCUUCUAUUUUGGCCAAAACCAUCACGGUCGUUGUAGUAUUCCUAGCCUCAAAACCAGGAAGCCUAUUCCACAAAUGGGUGGGGCAAAAGUUGGCCUAUUCUAUUGUCUGCUUCUGUUCCUCCAUUCAAGUAGGUAUUUGUAUUGUUUGGCUGGGUACUUCUCCUCCAUUUCCCAAUUUGGACAUGGAGACACUCCAUGGAGAAAUCAUAAUGGAAUGUCACGAAGGCUCCAUCACCAUGUUUUACUGUGUCUUGGGCUACAUGGGCCUCUUGGCUCUUCUCAGCUUUACUGUGGCCUUCCUAGCCAGGAAGUUACCAGACAGUUUCAAUGAAGCCAAGUUCAUUACUUUCAGCAUGUUGGUUUUCUGUAGUGUUUGGCUGACCUUUGUCCCUACUUACCUGAGCACCAAAGGGAAGUACAUGGUGGCUGUGGAGAUCUUCUCUAUCUUGUCUUCCAGUGCUGGCUUACUGGGAUGCAUCUUCAUCCCCAAAAUCUAUAUAAUUAUAUGGAGGACUGAGCUCAACACUAGAGAGCAUUUAAUACACAAGAAAUAG